AAUAUUUUUUUUUUUCUUCUGCAAAUGCAUUCUGUGUGAUCCCGUUCCGUUUAGUUUUGGUUCCGUCGAAUUUGGUGCGGUGAGUGAUGGCGGACAAGUACAACCUCAAGAACCCCGCCGUGAAGCGGAUUCUCCAGGAAGGCAAGGAGAUGCAAUCAAACCCUUCUGAUGAUUUCAUGAGCCUGCCUCUUGAGGAAAAUAUAUUUGAAUGGCAAUUUGCAAUUAGGGGGCCUCGUGAUACUGAAUUUGAGGGUGGUAUUUAUCAUGGACGGAUCCAAUUGCCUGCGGAAUAUCCAUUCAAACCUCCUUCGUUUAUGUUGUUGACACCUAACGGUCGUUUUGAGACCCAAACCAAGAUUUGCUUGAGCAUAUCAAAUCAUCACCCCGAGCAUUGGCAACCAUCAUGGAGUGUAAGGACUGCUCUAGUUGCACUGAUUGCAUUCAUGCCCACCAACCCAAAUGGUGCGUUGGGCUCAUUGGACUACAAGAAAGAAGAGAGGCGUGCCUUGGCCAUUAAAUCCCGUGAAGCAUCUCCAAGAUUUGGGACUCCUGAACGUCAAAAACUGAUUGAUGAGAUACACGAGCAUAUGCUAAGCAAGGCACCCCCUGUUCCUCAACUUAGCCCCUCACUGGCUUCUGAAGAACAACCCAGAAAUGAGGAGGUGGAGGCGCAGGUUAAUAUGCAAAAUCCCGAGGCUUUAACUGCAGGAGAGGGGAUUCCAGAUCAAUCAGGUGACAGAAUAGUUGAAGAACAAGAACUCCUUGACAAUGCUAAUCCUAACCCUGCAGGAGAAGUUGAAGCUUCAACGGAGAUUCCAUCCGGGGUCUCAAGCAAUCAGUUGCCCCAAAAGUCAAAUACAAGGGUUCAAAAACCUGAUGAUCGAUUAUUCACAUUAGCAGCAAUUGGACUUACUAUAGCAAUUGUGGUCCUUUUGCUGAAGAAGUUUAUUAAAGCUACGGAACAUGGUCCAGUUUUCAUGGAUGGAUCUUAAAUGUAUUUAUUGCUAAUGUUGGCUUCAAGAUCAAGAUUCUUAACCCUGUUAGUCGAUAGGAGCUCUUAUUCUAAACUGGAAGUGAUAUUUUAUGAUCCUUUGAAUGUAUUUGUAAUCAUGAUAAUAUAAAUAAUUAAAUAUUCCACUGCGUUGUGUUCGUGAGCAAAGUUCUAU